AUGACCGAACUAGACGCCGAGGUGUACGCUGCGCCAGCGGACCAGGGAGGGAAGCUGCUGGACCGGCCGACCGUGGUGAACGGCAACGACUCGGAGGACACGGUCGCCGGCAUGACGCCUGAGCAGCGGCUCCGAGAGGAAGCUUUCCGCCGCGCGGUCGCACAGGUGGAUGCGCCUGUCACGCCGCAGCAGCCCCCGCGCCGACGGUACCCGGUGUACUCCCCUGCGAGCCAGAAGGCUGCGAAGCCGCGGGGCUGGUCUGCGCGUCUGCGGGCCGCCCUGUGCUGCGGCCCGGCGCGGUCAUCGCCUGCGUACCCGCUCACGCCCGACCACCCCCCCGCGACGCCGCUGACGACGCUGAAUCCCGCCGCCGCGCACGCCCAGCGGCUCGCGAUGCGCAGCGGCGGAACGGACACCGAAGCGCAGGUGCUGCGUCCCGAGGACUCGGACCGCCCCGCCCAGUAUGAGGCGCCGACGCCGUCCGCUGCGCUGUCGCCGGCGCCGGGACGCGCCCCCAUGACGCACCUGCGCCCCGCCACCGAACGCCUCAUCAUCGGCCCGCAGUGCGAGGCCGACCGCGGCAAGAAGUGCCUCGUGCUCGACCUGGACGAGACGCUCGUGCACUCGUCGUUCAAGCCCGUGCCCAACCCCGACUACAUCAUUCCAGUAGAAAUCGAGGGGCACGUGCUCGACGUGUACGUCCUGAAACGGCCGCACCUCGACCAGUUCAUGGAGCGCAUGGCCAAGUGCUUCGAGAUCGUCGUGUUCACGGCCUCGCUCGCCAAGUACGCGGACCCCCUCCUCGACCUCCUCGACACCCAGCAGCUCGUGCGCUGGCGGCUCUUCCGGGAGGACUGCGCGCCGUACGAAGGGAACUACGUCAAGGACCUGGACGCGCUCGGGCGCGACCUGGCGUCCGUCAUCAUCAUCGACAACUCCCCGCACUCGUACGCCUUCCAGCCGGAGAACGCGGUGCCCAUCACGACGUUUAUCGACGACCCGGACGACUGCGAGCUGCUCGAGCUCGUGCCGUACCUCGAGGCGCUCAAGGACUGCGACGACGUGCGCCCGCACCUCAGCGCCGCCGCCGAGGCGCUCGAGGCCGCGGGGUACAACCAGUACGACCAGUACUGA